AUGUUACAAACAUCCUCAACCAAAUCGUUGUCACAUAAACGUCUCCCUUAUCCGAAAGAGAUUACCAAUUAUUUGGAUCAAUUCGUUAUUGGACAAGAAUAUGCCAAGAAAACUCUUGCGGUUGGUGUUUAUCAACAUUAUAAGCGUUUCGCAUACAAUGAUACCUUGAAGGAGAAGGAAUCUCAGACUCAAUCAUCUUCAGUAAAUAACACUCCGAAACAGAUUUCCGAUCUUUCACUAACCAAUGAAAACAUUAUUUUGAGAAAAAUUUUGCAAAAAAGCAAUGGAACACGAAAACCUCAGGGUAAAAUUAAUUUUAGCAACAAAUCAGUCCAAACGUUAAUGGAAGCGAAUAAGGGUAGUAAUUUGGGUAAAUCAAAUAUAAUUCUGAUGGGUCCAUCCGGUGUUGGAAAAACUUAUUUAACACAAAUUUUGGCCAAAAUAUUAGAUGUACCAAUAGCAAUGUGUGAUUGUACAUUGCUAACGCAAUCUGGAUAUGUUGGAGAUGAUGUUGAUACGGUCAUCCAAAAACUUCUUGUUAAUGCAGAUGGUGAUACUGAUGCUGCGCAGAGAGGUAUAGUUUUUCUGGAUGAAUUCGAUAAAAUUAGCAGUUCACUCGAUUUCGAAUCACGCUCAUUUCGAGAUGUUGGAGGUCGGGGUGUGCAACAAGCAUUUCUGAAAUUAAUAGAAGGUACCGUAGUGAAAGUAAAACUGCCCGGAUCUAAUGGAACACGGGUUGACGUGGAUACUACAAAUAUAUUAUUUAUUGCUUCUGGAGCAUUCAAUAAUUUGGAUCGAAUUGUUAGUCAACGUUUGCACAAGAAGUUAGUUGGAUUUGGUAGCGGAAAAGAUGAGGAGUUGUGUCGCAAUUACUUAACAGAAAAGGACGGAAUGAAAACAAACAAACUUCGAGACGAUUUGUUAAAACAAGCAGACCACAUUGAUCUAAUAAAAUUUGGUAUGGUACCCGAACUAAUAGGUCGUUUUCCCGUGCUUGUUCCAUUUACUAGUUUGACGGAAGAAUUACUUGUGCGAAUAAUGACAGAGCCGAAAUGUUCGAUCGUUUCACAGGCGGAAAAACAGUUCCUACUUGAUGAUAUACAACUGUGCUUCACCGAUUGCGCCCUAAAAGAAAUCGCCCGCACUGCAGCACAAAAAGGAAUUGGAGCACGAGCACUUAGAUCAAUAACCGAAAAAGUAUUGCUGGAUGCAAAGUAUGAUUUGCCUGGUACGGACAUCCAUAAAUUGGUUAUUGAUGCGGAUGUUGUCAAAGGCAACUGCCGCUAUUAUACCAUGGAAAAUGCGAAUGUCGUGAAUUCUAAAAUUCCAAAGCAAUCGCUUAUAAGAAUAAAGUAG